CAUGUUGUUGUUGGUGCGUGGCUUUGUGUGUUGACUUUGUUUGUUUAGUGGUUGUAUGCACAGUGUUACAUUCUGUCACACCCACCAUACACACUCUUAUCCCCUUGAGUUUUGUUCCUUCAGUCACCCUUUAGUCAACCACCAACAUAAUAUCCAUCCCACAGAAGUGGACUUACUAUUUCUAUCAUCCAUAAUCCGCCCACUCCAACCUAGUUCCCAUGACCCUUCGUUACCCUAGCCAGUCCUAACCUGACCUGACCCGCCCCUUGCUCUCCUCCUCCCGCCCCCAGCCUUGCAGUAUGGCUCCACCUCCCUCCUCAGUGGGACUUGUCUCUGUGGCUCAGAUGGCCUUCAAUCAGCCCUCGGCCCCGGUUACUGCAGCCGCAGCCCAAGGGGCGGCGUCACCCCCAGGGGGAGCCCUGGUGUCCCCACAGAGCCCUAAAACAGCUGCAGCCUUACCUCUGCCUCCUGGGGCUCAUCCUCUACCUGGUUCUGUAUCUGCACCCACUCUGGUGACUCAUCCACCGCCGGUGCCACCGGCCUCCCCUCUGCCGCCCCAAAUGAUGCCUACUCAGCCGCUGGUCGUGGUGCCCGUCAUCAGCGUAGCCAGCACCUCCCCAGAGCCGCCAGGAGAUGCCCAGGCCCAGCCCUCCCAGACGGCUCCUCAGCCUUUGUCAUUGGACCAGUCACAGUUACAACCACCACAAGUGCCCUCGUCCAUGGAGAGCGGUCACUCUGACGUGGCGUCCGGCCUGAGCGAUGGAAAUGAUGGAGGCAGACAGGAGGGGCGCUCCAUCAAACGCCACCAGCGGCGCUCCGUACGGAGUCGCUCUCGUACCGACAAGAUCGGCAAAGCAAAGUUGAAUGUACUGAAUAUAUCCAACAUGGGCGACAGGGUAGCUGAGUGCCAGUUGGAAACGCACAACAGAAAGAUGGUGACUUUUAAGUUUGAUCUGGACGGAGAUAACCCAGAGGAAAUAGCACAGAUUAUGGUCACCAGUCUGUUUAUACUGGAGAGCGAGAGGGAGUCGUUCAUCGAGCAGGUCCGUGAGGUCAUCGAGAUGGCUGACGAGAAGGGUCUGGAGAAAGAUGGAAACACCCAGAUUGUUUCCCAGAUAGUUAGUGACCUCCAGCAGCAACAGAUCCCUGCUAUAUCUGAACCGUUGCCAGGUAUCCCUUCCUGUGCAGCCCAGGUGGUCCACUCUGCAGGCAGGAGGUUUAUAGUCAGCCCCGUGCCUGAGUCCAGACUCAAGGACCAGUUCUUUGCUGACUCAGCGGCUGCAGGCUCUGCCCUGCUGAGACAAGAUUCACAGUCCUUUAACGCCGCCCGUGCUGUAGCUGCAGGUCAGGGUCUGUCCCAGUCGGCCUCAGCGGUCAGCCUGCAGCAGGCCUUCUCAGAGAUGAGACAGAACCAGGGCCAGUACGACCCAGGGCCCAGCACCGCUCCUCCCUCCGUCCACAUAGCCUCCCUGCCUGUCCUGGUCCCUGCUGCAGCCACUACCACCACCAUCCCAGUCUUCUCCACUGCUCCUACAGCCUCUGCUCCUCUCCCCCAUGCUCAGGUUCCAUCUGAGGCCUCUGUGACCUCCCCUCCCCCCCCAGUCUCCAUCUCCCCUCCAGCCUCCACCUCCACCUCUCCACCUGCGACUAUACACCAGGCCACCGCCCCCAUCCCCACCCAGCUCCAGUCUGUUGAUACCCAGCCUCUCCUUUCCCAGGCCCCUCUCACCCUGCUGGUGACCCAACCCGUGGUCUCCUCCGUACCUAGUGUUACAGCCACCUCUGUGUCCCCCCCAGUCCCUGCUGUCCUCCCCACCCUCCCCAACACAACUACCCUGUCCACCUCAGCCUCCUUCCCCCAGACCUCUGGCCCAGGCUCCAUCCCUGGUGGUCCCACCACCUCCAUACCCACUACAGUCCUUUGUCAUUCCGCCAGCCCCCUGGUCAGCAGCUGUAGCAGUGAUAGUGGAGGAAGCUCAGAGCAGCUCCCUGUCCCUUCCACCGCUGUCCCCCAGCUCACCACUACUGUAGUCCCCACCACGGCUAUCCAAGGCCCCCUGCUAGCCCCCUCCAUUGCUAACCCCAGUGCAGAGCUCCCUUCUUCCUCCUCGCCUGUAGCCUCUCUAGCCCCAGGGGCCACGGUCCCUACCUUACAGCCCGUCACCACCACCAUCCCCGUGGUCCAGCCCACCCUGGUUCACACCCAGCCCCAGCCUGCUACAAUGCCCAACCAGACCCACGCCCAGUGUGGGGAGUGUGAGGUGGCCCUAGGCAUCGAUGACAUCCACGCCCUGGAUAAGAAGCUUCGCUCCCUCUUCAUGGACCUGGGUGGUGGUGGAACCACCCAGGCCGAUGGCUCUGUCGACCCAGCCGGAGGCACUGGUGUCCCGGGAACCUCUUCCCCAACCGGCCACUCAUCCACCCCCAGCUCCACAGGCACCCCCCUGCCCCCCUCCAGCCUCCCCCUGGCCUCCUCAGGACCAGGGCAUGUCUCUGGGACCCCCCUCACCACCCCGGGACAGGCUGGGACCCCUUCCACCUACACCCAGACUACCCCGGCCAAAGCACCUCUGUCUAGGUUACCGGUGUUGCCUGUGGGCUCAGAUCAGGCUCAGGCUGGCCCCCCUCCUCCCUCAGACCACAUGGCACCCUUCCCAGGACCCUGUCUAACUCAGUCCCAGCAGCCUCUGGAAGACCUGGAUGCCCAGCUGAGGAGGGCCCUGAGCCCAGAGACGGUCUCUGUCAGCUGUGUCACCACACAGUCCUCCCUCACUGGGAUGCCUGCAGGUGGCCAGCCAGUGCCUUUCUCUCUGGAAGGGGAACCAAUCAUGUCGCCUAUUGCUGGAGGAUUCCAAAUGGGACGAUUCCAGGUCUCUGUGGCUGCAGACCAGGGUCCCCACAAAAUCGAGGGUGGGAGCCCCACAAAAUCCUCCUCCACCUCCUCUUCCUCUUCCUCCAGCCCGGAGAACACACUGCACAAUGUCUCCUCCCCUCUCCACGGAGGUAAGACUGGUGGGGGAGAUGUUGUGGACGGCCUGCCCUCCCUCCCCCACCGGACCGCCUCCCCUCAGCCCACCACCAUUGGCCGCUUCCAGGUCACCACCAACGCCCUGGAUGCCAGGGUGGGCCGCUUCUCAGUGAGCCGAGCCCAGGAUGAGGCAGCCGAGGCUGGGUUGGAGCAAACACCCGCUUCCCAGGCUAACGGGCCUAGUAUUGAUCCUGGCUCGGCCACCGUGCUCUUCAGCCCAGAGGACAAACAGAGCUCCCUGCCCAGCCUCAACAACUCCUACAUGAGCUCUGAUAACGACUCUGAGUUUGAGGACGAGGACUUGAAGAGGGAGGUCAACCGGUUACGGGAAAAGCACAUGAAGGAGAUCCAGGCCCUGCACACCAAGCAGAAGGAUGAGAUUGACUCCCUGUUCGCCAGGCUGGGCAAGGUGCCUCCAGCCGUGGUGGUCCCUCCAGCUGUAGCCCUGGCCGGUCGCAGGAGACGACCCACCAAAAGCAAGAGCAGCAAGUCCAGCCGCUGCAGCUCCUCCCAGGGCAGCAAGAGCCCCUGCAACCCAGGCAGCACUUUAUCUGCACAGAGUGCCCCCUCAGUGUACCCACCCUACCAGGCUCUCCUCCUGGCCCCUGGGGGCCUCCCCGACCCCAACCUCCACCCUGCCUCGGGGAGCCGACCCCGGCCCCUCAAGCAUCUCGGCCCCUCCAGUGAAAACCUGUGCUCUGCCUACACCAGCGAAGCUACGCUGUCCGUGCCCAGUCUCUGUGCCCCCACCCAAGGCUGUGUUACGUUCAGCUGUGGGUCGGAGAGAGUGACCAUCAAACCAGGUGGUGGCAGAAGGACCCGUUUUCUGACGCCCUGCUUGGCUCUUUGGAAGAUGGUGAAAAUCUGCCCCUGCAACCAACUCUGUAGGACCAGCAGCACCAACACAGUGAGUGGUCCAGGAGGCCAGGGUCCAGGAGACCAGGGUUCAGGGGGUCAGAACCAGGGCCAGCCUUCUCCCAACCCCCCUCAACAGGGCCGGAAGGGCACGUUCACCGACGACCUGCACAAGCUGGUUGACAACUGGGCCCGCGACGCCAUCAGUCUGUCCCAGGGCAAGAGUCGCUCCAAACAGCAACCCUCACAGGGACACAGCUACCAGGCGACCCCGUCCACCAACAAGGGCCGUAAGUUCUCCGCCCCGAGUCAGCUGUGCCCCAGCAACGCCUCUUCCACCCCCGCUACCUCUCUGGGAGGCCGCAAGGGCUCCUUGUGUCCCCCUCCCCAGUACGGCGGGGUCGGGGCAUGCUACCCCUCCUCCACUGCACCUUACAGCAGCGCCCAGUGGGUGGGAUCCACGGGGUCCACAGGGCCGGGACAGGGUCAGGCCGGUAUGUUAGCCUCCUCUCAGCCCCUGGUUGCCUCCUCCUCGCAGUACCCCUCCUCUGCCACAGGGGGGCAGGGCUCCCUGCAGGGCUUCCAUCACAUCAGCACUUUGCAGAAAUCCGUCAGCAACCCUGGAGGCCCCAACCUGAGGACCACGUAGUGGCCAUGUGGGGAUGUUAGCCAUGCCGGGCUGAGAGACUGACAGACUGAGGGAGAGAGACAUGAGGAGAGAAGGGUGUCUGUGUUACAAGGGGGAGAGGGGUGUCUGUGUUACAAGCGACAUCAUGGUUGGUGGGACUGUAUUGAAUGUGAAUGAGCUGGCUGUGAAGAAGAGGAGGAGCAGGAGAGAGAAGAGUCAGCUGCUGUGUGUAAUGGUGCACCACUCUGCCCUCUUCUGUCUCCCUGAAGGAUAACAGGAGAGGGACACACUUCCCCUCUCUCCCCCCACCCCGAGGUCAACUGUGGGCCUUGGGGGUCGAAGAAAGACGCAAAACGCGACAAGGAAUAUCAAUGGACACGAGUGCAAUGUUAUGUGGCCAAAGAGGGUUAAUGUGACAAUUACUAUUGUAAAAUGUGUGUGUGUGUGUGGUGAUGGGCUUUGUUCCUUCACUGUGACUGGCUUUUACAUGUACUCUGUAGUAGAGACCAGAUCCUUGUACUGAUCUCAGAGAGGAGGGAUGGAGGAUAGUAACAGACCGGGGGGGAGGUGGGCUAUUGUUGGGGAGCUGCAGUACAUAGCUAACCCCCUUUCUCCUCUCACCUAUCUGAACCCCCCCCCCCUGCCUGUUCAGCUCCUCCUGUUGGUAACUGACCUCCAGAACAGAGCUUAAAGUGACCGUACAGUACUAUACAGCUCCUCCUGUUGGUAACUGACCUCCAGAACAGAGCUUUAAGUGACUGUACAGUACUAUACAGCUCCUCCUGUUGGUAACUGACCUCCAGAACAGAGCUUUAAGUGACUGUACAGUACUAUACAGCUCCUCCUGUUGGUAACUGACCUCCAGAACAGAGCUUUAAGUGACUGUACAGUACUAUACAGCUCCUCCUGUUGGUAACUGACCUCCAGAACAGAGCUUUAAGUGACUGUACAGUACUAUACAGCUCCUCCUGUUGGUAACUGACCUCCAGAACAGAGCUUUAAGUGACUGUACAGUACUAUACAGCUCCUCCUGUUGGUAACUGACCUCCAGAACAGAGCUUUAAGUGACCGUACAGUACUAUACAGCUCCAGUAGAAGUCCAUUAUGGUAGAGUUGUGUAGCAUGUUGAGGAGAUGUGAGGAAGGUUAUGGGGUCAAGGAAUGAGCUUGUGAGGCCGAGGUGUGGGACUGGUGCCAUGUAUGUAGCUGGUCAGGCAGUGUUGACAUCCGGAACCACAUGUACUGCUAUUCCUAUAUAUCAUUUAGGAUGUUCAUUGGUGUGUGUAAGUGGAGAGUCAGUAGAAAAGGCCUGGGGGUUCAUACCCUACUCUACCCCUCCUGUUGCCAUGGGAUGCAAUAAGAACACAGUAAUAGAAACCUCCUCCUAAAUAUGAUAAGAACACAUAAAGUGACCUUCGUUAGGAAAACAGAACCAUCCAUGACCAGAUUCAGAAUGUCUUUUUUUUAUGAUUUUUUAAGAGUUUGGGAUUAUGAUAAUUCCAUGUUUAUUAGUGUUUUAAUUUUUUUCCUCUGUCCCCAUUGAACUGAGGAGACUCUUCUGUAGCAUGAUGAAAGGGUUAACGCUAGGGUUGACCCUCCUAUCCAGGAACUCUCUCCCAGUAUAGGGCCUUUAAAGAAACUACAACUCCCAGUAUAGGGCCUUUAAAUAAACUACAACUCCCCUCUCCAUGCUAACCAUCUCUUUACAUGAUUGGAGGGGAGUACUGUGUGUGAGACCCAUCUAUCCCAGUCUUCAGGCUUAAAGUUACUCCAUUUUAAAAUGUGCUGAGGCUGAUGAGAUCCCCAUCCUGAAGCAUAAAGUCUGUACAAGCUGGCUGGUCGUUUCCAUGGUUCUCAUCUACAUAUCCCUAAUGAGAGAGGCCCCCUGAACUAACACAGACAGGACGGAAGUGGAUUCUCUCAGACAGGAGUUGUUGACUGAAGUGGAUUCUCUCAGACAGGAGUUGUUGACUGAAGUAGAUUCUCUCAGACAGGAGUUGUUGACUGAAGUGGAUUCUCUCAGACAGGAGUUGUUGACUGAAGUGGAUUCUCUCAGACAGGAGUUGUUGACGGAAGUGGAUUCUCUCAGACAGGAGUUGUUGACUGAAGUAGAUUCUCUCAGACAGGAGUUGUUGACUGAAGUAGAUUCUCUCAGACAGGACUUGUUGACUGAAGUAGAUUCUCUCAGACAGGAGUUGUUGACUGAAGUAGAUUCUCUCAGACAGGAGUUGUUGACUGAAGUAGAUUCUCUCAGACAGGAGUUGUUGACUGAAGUGGAUUCUCUCAGACAGGAGUUGUUGACUGAAGUAGAUUCUCUCAGACAGGAGUUGUUGACUGAAGUAGAUUCUCUCAGACAGGAGUUGUUGACUGAAGUGGAUUCUCUCAGACAGGAGUUGUUGACUGAAGUAGAUUCUCUCAGACAGGAGUUGUUGACUGAAGUAGA